CGGUGCGCGGGCGACGGUCGCUUUACGGCUGCCAGUGUCGGAUCCGCUUCCGGAGUUAGCCACCCCGAAGGCAGCCGUUGCCGCCGCUCGCCGUUCCGCGUAACCUGGAGACGCGAUAGCGCCGUUCGGCGAUGGGCGGGAGGCGAUUGUGACAGGCGGCGCUCUCCGUGCCCGCCCCCUCCUCCCUGCCCGGGCAGAGCGGGCCCCUCCAGGCCUGUCGGGAUGGAGGAGGAGAGCAUGGAGGAGGAGGGGGGCGGCGGAGGAGCGGGAGGAGGCGGUGGAGGAGGAGGAGGCGGAAGCGUCAGUAGCAGCAGCAGCAGCUACGAGGCCUUAAUGGACGACCAGAACCACAACAACUGGGAAGCUGCGGCCGAAGCCGCGGCAGGAGGAGGAGGAGGAGGAGGGAGCUACGGGCAGUCGCGGCGCCGGCCGGGCUCUCCGUCCCCCGGGGAGCCCCACAGGGCCUCUCUGUCGCCCCACGAGGAGCUGGAGAUCCACAUGAUGUCCGAGGCCGCCAACGGGCCAGGGAAGGGCUGCGAAGCCACGCCGGUCAAGGGGGGCUCCAGCAUCAACCUCAACAUCAACCCCUCGGCCUCCAAGUUCUUAAUGAAUGUUAUAACAAUAGAAGACUAUAAGAGCACAUACUGGCCAAAGUUGGAUAGUGCCAUAGAUCAGCUUUUAACUCAGUGUCCUGGUGACUACAUCCCCAUCUCCUAUGAACAAAUAUACAGUUGUGUGUAUAAAUGUGUGUGCCAGCAGCAUUCGGAACAGAUGUAUAGUGACCUAAUAAAAAAGAUAACUAACCACUUAGAGAGAGUCUCAAAGGAGCUGCAGGCCAGCCCUCCAGACAUCUACAUCGAAAGGUUUAACAUAGCACUUGGACAGUAUAUGGGAGCAUUACAGAGCAUUGUGCCUCUUUUCAUAUAUAUGAAUAAGUUUUACAUAGAAACCAAGCUCAAUCGAGACUUAAAAAAUGACCUUAUAAAACUGUUUACGGAACAUGUUGCAGAAAAGCACAUUUACAGCCUAAUGCCUUUACUCCUAGAAGCUCAGACCACGCCUUUUUGGAUAGACCCUUCCACUAUGGCAAACAUUGUCAAAGGAUUGUAUAUGCUUAGGCCAGAAUGGGUUCAGAUGGCACCAGCUUUAUUUUCUAAAUUUAUUCCAAACAUCCUCCCUCCUGCUGUAGAAUCUGAGCUUGAGGAAUAUGCUGCUCAAGACCAGAAACUCCAACAAGAACUUAUUCAGGAAGGAUUUUCCAGAGGUGACCAGUCACGUAAAAGAGCUGGAGAAGAAUUAACCUACAAUGGUUCCGCUUCGUGUGCAAGCUCAAGAGGAUGCAGAUAGUGACUGUGCAACGAGUAUUUUAUGCUCAAUACGAGCGGACACUGGAGUGACAUUGGAAGGGAGGGUAUCCAGAAGCCCCGUUGGGCUCUACUGAUACUCAGGUUCUUUGAUGCAAGCUAUACCUGCAAGAGGAGUUUGGACAUGUUUCUUGCCAUGUAAUAAAAUAUCUGUUUGCUGCUAUUUGGGGGCUAACUUGGAACUAUGUGACCAGUCUUGACAAGUUCUUCUUGGGCAAUCCUGUGAGGAGCAGACCUUCCUGUUUCUGUUUUAAAAAGACCAGUGCAUACUAAAACAUGGUAGCCAAAAAAAAAGCAGCUUCCUCUGAAAGAAACUUUGCACUUUCUAAAUGUGUGGACAUUGCUGAGCUUGUGCCCAUUAGGUUUUGUCUGAAAUGUUUUGCUUAGAAAGAAUAAAAAUUGAUCACUUGGGAGUA